CCACUAGGGUUUCCCUCUCCGCCCCCCCUCCGGCAACCCAGGAGAGCGCGGCACCAUCCCGGCGGCGGCGAACGCCGCGACGACCCCACGCAGCGCAGGCGCCAUGGCUGCACCGGAGGCGUCCACAUGCUACGUAGGGAUCGCGCGGCAGUCCGCCGCCUUCCGCCUCAUGAAACAAAUGGGAUGGGAAGAAGGUGAAGGCCUUGGCAAAGACAAACAGGGCAUAAAGGGUCAUGUUAGGGUGAAAAACAAGCAGGAUACUCUAGGUGUUGGUGUAGAUAAUCCUCGUGACAAAUGGGUAUAUGAUACCACCCAAUUUGACAACAUACUGAAGAAACUGAAAGUGCAAUCAGCUAAUCCUAUUCAAGAAGAAACUGCAGCUGUAAGUGAUUCGCCUGACAGCACACCCAAGAAAGACAAACCAGCAAAUGAUGAAGUUACUAAAGUUACUCGACCUCAAGGAAGAUACAAGAAAAGAGAGAGGGGGAAAAGUGUGAGUUCUUAUUCAGCAAUAGAUCUUCAAGGCAUACUUGUACGCAAAAAUGAAGAUAAUUGCCAAGUGGAUCAGAAAGUUGAAUCUACAUGCUUGGAUGAACCUGAUCCUAUCAUCUGCCCAGAUGCUGUAUCCCAAGCUGAAGAUGUAAACUGGUGGGGCCACAAAUUUGGAUUUGUGUCAGGAGGGUUUCUUGGAGCAACAUCUCGUAAAAGAAAAUCUUCACGAAAAGAUCCUUCUAAUGUCCGCCAGACAUUUGCGGAGGAAGAUCAAGAAAAUCUGUACAACCUUGUUCAGGAUAAAGCUACUUCAGGCAAGCAGGGUCUUGGCAUCAAGGGCCUGCCAAUGAAAAUUGCUGGCCAUCGUUGGAAGGGAAAUAAAACUUCAUUUGGUGAUAGUGAUGAAGAUAGUUCAGCCCAAUCCGAUGAAUAUUCAGAAAUUGAAGAAGAUGACAAUGAGGAACAACCUGCCACUACUGUUGAAUUGAUUGACACAGAGAAGAAUACAGAUAAAGUAUUGCACGCGGACAUUAAAUCCAAAACCAAGGUCAAGAAACUUUGCAAAAGAAUACUUCGUGAGGCCCCAUCUCAGUCGAUGAAAUUGAAGGAUCUUAAGGUAGCUGUCGAAGAACGUUCAAAUGCUGUAUUCUCCAGCUUCUCUUGUAGACGUGAAGCUAUGUUGUUUCUGAAGAAGAAGCUUCAGGGGAGCAGGAAAUUCAACGUGGACGGCAAGAAAGUACAUCUUGUGUCUUGAAAGUGAAGCAGAUACGGAGUCUUGGGGCAGAGCAGUGCAGGGUUGAGGUGUCCGGUGCUCAUAUUUGUUGUUGCUUGAGAUUUGUAUCAGAAGUAGGACACAUUGAGCUCUGUAGUAUAGAUAAGGAAUCAAACCCUUUGCAGAUGCGGAGGUUGAAUUUUGCAAAAUUUUGUUAGGUGCAGAGCUGCUAAUCUAUAUGUUUGCAGUACAUUCGAUGUAUCUCUAGCUGUUCUUGCUGGGCCUUAGUCUACAAACCGCGGAAAUAUAAACCGGACGUGAUUGUGCUAUGUAUGCUACUUCUUUGCUUGCAAAUUGUUUUGCACGUUGCAUUA